CAGACAGACACAUGAAUGACUAGAGAAUUUGGUGGAGGGAUGAAUGGGUUGAUAAAUACAUGGAUGACUGGACAGAAUGUUGUGCUGGGAUCUGGCCUUCUUAAUGGUUGGUUGGCUGGCUGAAUGCGUUGCCUCAGGGGUGGAAGAUUGUUCAUGCAAAAUGUAUGGUGAAGGGAUGUUGGCCUGCGUGGAUGAGUGGAGAAAGAGCCGGAGAGAUGGAUGUGUGAUUUGAUGGUUGGUUGGAUUGGUUGAAGGCUGGGUGACUUGGUGACUGGCUGGAUUGAUGGAUGGUUGGACAGAUGGACGGAUGGAUGGUUGGACAGAUGGAUGGGUGGAUGGACGGAGGGAUGGAUGGAUGGAUGUUUAUCUCCUGCUUUGUCACCUCUCUAUUACAGCUCCAGCCGAGCCAGAGGAACCACCAUUGCAGCCAACCCUGGGUGAGCUCAAGGCCUCCCACGUCCCCCCUGAGUCCGUGGAGCUGGAGUGGAGCAUCCCCAAGGGCACCUUUGACUCCUUCACGGUGCAGUACCGGGAUGCCCAAGGCCAGCCGCAGGUGCUGCCCGUGGAUGGGGGUUCCCGCACGGUGACCGUGCCGGGGCUGUCCCCGUCGCGCCGCUACAAGUUCAACCUGUACGGGGCGUGGGGUCGGAAACGUCUGGGCCCCGUCUCCACUGACGCCGUCACAGCUCCAGCCGAGCCAGAGGAACACCAUUGCAGCCAACCCUGGGUGAGCUCAAGGCCUCCCACGUCCCCCCUGAGUCCGUGGAGCUGGAGUGGAGCAUCCCCAAGGGCACCUUUGACUCCUUCACGGUGCAGUACCGGAUGCCCAGGCCAGCCGCAGGUGCUGCCCUGGAUGGGGGUUCCCGCACGGUGA